AUGUUUCAGACGUUGGUGAGUGAUGUUGUGGAAAUCUACGACGGCCCGACUCCCGACUCUCCUGUCCUCUCGUCCAUCUCCGGCUCCCACUCAGCUGUCCCCAGGACCAGUGCAUCUCAGUGCAGCUCUGUGCCGGAGCCCAGGUUUGGGAAGCGGAUAGGAAACGACUUUGGCAUUGGCACGGUGGUGCUGUUUGAAUGCAAUCCAGGCUACGCUCUGCACGGCGCCACUGCCAUCAGGUGUGAGGCCAUCCCGAACACUGUGGCUCAGUGGAACGGCACUGAGCCCACCUGCGUAGUUCCCUGUGGAGGACUGCUGACAUCUCGUAAGGGGACCAUCCUUUCUCCUGGUUACCCAGAGCCCUACGCCAACUAUCUCAACUGUAUCUGGAAGGUCUCUGUGCCAGAGGGAGCAGGCAUCCAAAUACAGGUCAUAACUUUUGCCACGGAACACAACUGGGACUCUUUGGACUUUUUUGACGGCGUCGAUGGCAACGCGCCAAGGCUUGGCAGCUAUUCAGGUACGACCAUCCCCCAGCUCCUGAACAGCACCUCCAACAACAUCUACCUGACCUUCCAGUCCGACAUCAGUGUGUCUGCAGCAGGCUUCCACCUGGAGUAUACAGCAAUAGGUUUGGAUUCAUGCCCAGAACCUCAGCCCCCCCUCAACGGUGUCAAUGUGGGCGAACGCUUCACUGUGGGGGACAUGGUUUCCUUUCAGUGUGACCAAGGCUACUCUCUGAAGGGUAAUGAAUACAUAACGUGUAUGCCAGGGCCCGUCAGACGAUGGAAUUACCCCGUACCUCUGUGCUUAGCUCAGUGCGGAGGCUCUAUGACAGACUUCAGUGGUGUGAUCCUGAGUCCAGGCUUCCCAGGGAAUUACCUCAGCAGUCUGGACUGUAGCUGGAGCGUACAGCUCCCCGUAGGCUUCGGCAUUCACCUGCAGUUUCUAAACUUCUCUACCGAAGCGGUGCACGACUAUCUGGAGGUGCACAGCGGGAGUUUGGAGACGGGUUCUGUGAUCGACAGGUUCAGUGGAUCCGUUGUGCCCGGCUCUCUGUUCAGCACCACACAUGAAACCAGCUUCUUGUUCCACAGUGACUACUCCCAGAACAAACCAGGCUUCCACAUCAUCUAUGAGGCCUAUGAGCUCCAGCGCUGCCCUGACCCGAGGCCGUUCCGUAACGGCGUGGUGAUAGGCCGAGACUUCGGUGUGGGCUUGACCAUCUCGUUCGAAUGCCUGCCAGGUUACACUCUGAUAGGAGAGGUCUCACUCACCUGCCUGCAUGGGGUCAGCAGAAACUGGAACUACCCUGUACCAUGCUGUGAAGCCCAGUGUGGUGGUAAUAUAACGUCUCUGAACGGGACCAUCUAUUCUCCCGACCACCCAGCAGAGUACCCUAACUUCCAGGACUGUUUGUGGAGUGUACGGGUUCCCCCAGGGAAUGGCAUCUGCAUCAACUUCACCGUUCUCAACACUGAACCCAUCUACGACUACAUCACCGUCUGGGACGGCCCUGACCAAGGAUCUCCUCAGAUUGGUCAGUUCAGUGGGAACACGCCCCAGAAAGAGGUCUAUACCACAGCCAAUCAUGUCCUCAUCAAGUUCCACAGUGAUUUCAGCACUAGCGGGUUCUUUGUACUUAGUUACCAUGCAUACCAACUGAGAGUGUGUCAGCCUCCUCCAGCUGUUGCCAAUGCAGAUAUCCUCACAGAACAUGACGAGUUUGAAAUAGGGGACAUUAUCCGGUACCAGUGCCUGCCAGGGUUCACCCUGUUGGGCUCAGAGAUCCUGACGUGCAGACUGGGGGAGAGGCUCCAGAUGGACGGCCCUCCACCUCUCUGCCAAGUACAAUGUCCUGCUAACGAGGUCCGUUUCGACUCCACGGGGGUGAUCCUGAGUCCCGGCUACCCAGACAGUUACCACAACCUCCAGACGUGUUCCUGGCUCAUCAACGUAGAGAAGGGCUACAACGUCACCCUCCACUUCCAGCUCUUCCAGACAGAGAAGGAGUUUGACAUCCUGGAGAUAUUUGACGGUCCUAACAUCUACAGCCAGAGCCUGGCGUCACUCAGCGGUGACAUCACCACGCCCUUUAACCUCACGACCUCUGGUCAUCAGUUGCUUCUGCGCUGGUCGUCUGACCACGGCACCAACAGGAAGGGCUUCUACGUCAGAUAUGUGGCGAUGUACUGCAGUACUCCAGACUCCCCCCAGCAGGGUUUUGUAGUGAGCCAGACAGGAGGUCAUCUCAACAGUGUGGUGCGUUGGGGCUGUGACCGGGGCUACCGGCUUAUUGGAAAGGCCACAGCUGUCUGUAAGAAGACGGCCUUUGGGUAUUAUACCUGGGACUCAACGGUACCUGCAUGUCAAGCCGUGGCGUGUGGCGUGCCCACUGCGCCGCUGAAUGGAGGCGUCCAGGCUGUUGAUUACUCCGUGGCAGCACGUUUAACCUACUUCUGCAACAACGGCUUCAGGCUCUCCUCCAAGGAUCUCACCGCCACCGUCUGCCAGCCUGACGGCACAUGGAGCAACCACAACAAGAUACCUCGCUGCCCAGUGGUGGUCUGCCCCAGUCUGGGCUCCUUCUCUCUGGACCAUGAGUUUACUAUUCUUUGUGUUUGUGGUCCCACAGUGGUGGUCUGCCCCAGUCUGGGCUCCUUCUCUCUGGACCACGGGAAGUGGACGAUCGUCAACGGAUCCAGCUAUGAGUUCAGAACCAAGGUGGUCUUCGGCUGUAACCCGGGUUACUACCGGCUCGGUCCCGCUCACAUCCAGUGCCUGGCCAAUGGGGCGUGGAGCUGGCGGAACGAACGACCUCGAUGCAGAAUCAUUUCCUGUGGAGAGCUGCCCACUCCUCCUAAUGGGAGAAAGAUUGGAACUCAGACUACCUUUGGAGGCUCGGCCAUCUUCAGCUGCAACCCUGGAUACAUCCUGGUGGGCUCCACCGUGAGGGAGUGCAUGCUGUCAGGCCUGUGGAGCGGCACAGAGACUCAAUGCCUGGCUGGUCACUGCGGUAUCCCGGAGCAGAUUGUGAACGGUCAGGCGAUAGGGGAGAACUUCGGAUACAGAGACACCGUGGUCUACCAGUGUAACCCUGGCUUCAGACUCAUAGGAUCCUCGGUCCGCAUCUGCCAGCAGGAUCACCUCUGGUCCGGACAACUGCCGCUGUGUGUCUCAAUCACAUGUGGCCAUCCAGGCAGUCCCAUCUACGGGAGGACUACAGGGGAUGGAUUCAACUACAACGACGUGGUCAGCUUCUUCUGUAACCAAGGUUACGUACUGGAGGGAGUGUCCAGAGCCCAGUGCCAGGCGAGUCGCCAGUGGAGUCAACAGCCCCCUACGUGUAGAGUGGUGAACUGCACAGACCCUGGCAUCCCGGCGAACUCCAUCAGGGAGAGUAAGAUAGAGCACGGUAACUUCACCCUGGGCAGUGUGGUGUUCUACACCUGCAACCCUGGAUACUACCUGUUCGGUUCGUCUGCCCUGACCUGUCAACCUACUGGCCACUGGGACAAACCUCUUCCUGAAUGUCUUGAGGAGGACUGUGGGAACCCUGGCUUUCCUCCCUACGGGACCAUGGUUGGGGACAAGUUCUCGUUUGGCUCCACGGUGCAGUACUCCUGUUCAGGGGACAGAGAGCUGAUUGGAGAGUCAUCACUCACCUGUCAAAUCAAUGGACACUGGAGUGGACCAAUACCUCACUGUUCAGGAGACUCUGUAGGCAGCUGUGGGGACCCUGGUACACCCGUCCAUGCAAGCAGAGAGGCCAGCAACUUCCAUCUGCGUAGUAAGGUCCGCUUCACCUGCGCUGUGGGCCACACACUGUACGGCUCCGCAGAGAGGAUCUGCUUUCCCAAUGGGACCUGGUCUGGGAGACAGCCCUUCUGCAAACCGGUGCACUGUGGUAACCCGGGGACACCUGCUCACGGCCGUAUUUUCCGGGUCGACGGUACAACCUUCACCCACUCUGUAGUCUACUCCUGUAUGGAUGGAUACCUCCUCUCAGGCACGCCCACCAGGCACUGUCUGGCCAACGGCACCUGGUCUGGCACCGCUUCUAACUGCACCAUGAUCAGCUGCGUUGACCCAGGUGUUCCUGCUAAUGGUCUGAGGUUUGGAGAGGACUUCACUGUGGGCCACAACGUCACCUUCAUGUGCCAGCCUGGCUACCUGAUAGAGGCAGGCGGGGCCACAACUCGCACCUGUACCCACAAUGGCACCUGGAGCGCCACCACGCCCAUCUGCAAAGGUACGACAUCUGAUGAUGAUGAUGGUGGUGGUGGUGACGAUGGUGGUGAUGAUGAAGAGUAUGGUGAUGGUGAAGAUUAUGGGGAUGAUGGUGAUGACGAUGAUGAGUAUGGUGAUGAUGAAGAUUAUGGUGAUGAUGAAGAGUGUGGUGAUGAUGAUGAAGAUGGUGAUGGUGAUAAUGAUGAAGAUGAGGGUGAUGAUGAUGAGGGUGAUGAUGGUAGUGAUGAUGAAGAGUAUGGUGAAGAUGGUGAUGGUGAUAAUGAUGAGGGUGAUAAUGAUGAGGGUGAUGAUGAUGAGGGUGGUGAUAAUGAAGAGUGUGGUGAUGAUGAUGAAGAUGAUGAUGGUGAUAAUGAUGAAGAUGAGGGUGAUGAUAAUGAGGGUGAUGAUGGUAGUGAUGAUGAAGAGUAUGGUGAUGAUGGUGAUGGUGAUAAUGAUGAGGGUGAUGAUGGUGAUGAUGAUGAUGAAGAGUAUGGUGAUGAUGAUGGUGAUAUGGGUCGUCUCAGAUUACAGGAAUGA